CGACGCCUAACUGUCAAAUGUAGAGGCUAUGUUACAUUGUCACGAUUGGUACAGUUGUGGUACAGUUUGAUGAUAUUCUUUGGUUUCAUCUACUGCGUAUAUUAGUUUUACUGUCUAGAUUGACUGGUGAAUAUCGAAAAUUCGAGGAUUUUUCCAAACCGUACAGUUGAACAAAUCUAUUUCUUAUUAAGCGAAUAGGGGUUGUUCAAAAUGACAGAAUACAGCGUGGUAACCUCAGACUUCGUUAACCUAAACAUCACCAAUUCGGGGCAACAAACUUGCUGCGUCGAAAGGAGAUUUCAAAAGGGAAUCACUCUCGAUGAUUUUAAGGGUAAACUCGAACUCCUUACAGGAGGUAAUUCAGCCACCAUGAAAUUAGAGGUGUACGAUAAAAAUGACAAACUGAUCUGCAAACCUGACCAGGGUGACCGCUUGUUGGGAUCUUAUCCGAUCGAUGAUGGAAUGAGAGUUCAUGUGAUAGAUAACUGCAUUCGACCUGACGAUGAAACUGCACAGGUGGAUAAAUUCGAACUGUCCGAAUCGGAGUAUGCCAAACGAUCCGACACAGUGAAAGCAUUCCUAGAGAGAAACAAGUUGGGUAAAUAUAAUGAGGAAGAAACUAAGAGAAGGGAAGAAGAGAAACGUCGAGAAGAGGAGGCAGAUGAAGCCGCUGCCAGAGCUUGCAAGGUCGGCGAUCGUUGCGAAACUCAAGUACCAAAUCAACCGAGACGUAGAGGAACGGUCAUGUAUGUUGGUAAAACCGAAUUCAAGUCUGGUUGGUGGAUUGGUGUCAAAUAUGAUGAGCCAUUGGGAAAAAAUGAUGGAUCCGUCCAAGGAAAAAGGUAUUUCGAUUGCCUGCCGAAUUACGGUGGUUUUUUGAAGCCUGCACAUAUCAAGGUGGGAGACUAUCCGGAGGAAGAUUUCAACUUGGACGAGGAACUUUAAAACACCAAAAUCGUAAUCAGCAUUUGUGGAAAUGGAAGCUUUAUUUACAAUCAAUUCGUAAAUCGUCUCACAAUACAACUUAUCAUUAAAUUGUUAUUGUAUAAACACAACCUUGCUUAAUGUUUAUACAUUCACUAAUAUUUUCUUCGCUUAAUGAUGUCAGGCCUCCAAUUAAUCGGAUGACUUUCUUCGGACUGUAAAAAAUCAUUCGCACAUUUAAUUAAUCACGGAAGUGAUUAUUAACGAUUACAAUAAAUAAUCAAUGGUGAAACGAAA